AUGAAAGAUUAUACAAAGUUUAGAUCAGCUUCAAGCAACAACAAAUCAAGAUCCAUGGAUUUCCAAUCUUUAGACCAGGAUCAUGAUCACUUCUCAUCAUCAUCACCCCCACAUGAUCAAGAAAAAGAAGGAUCAUCACCAAAGCCCAUUUCAACUCCUAAUCCCACCCCCAUUUCUAAGUACUCUCCUAGUCCUAUAUCCACCACUCCAAAUAACCCAAACACACCAGCCAACAACAACAUCACCACCACCAAAUCCAACACUACUGGUACUACUCCUAAUGCCAAUGACUUAUCAGCAUCAACACCUGAACAGAUAGUAGUAGAAGAUGGUGGUGUUAUUGGUGGAGGUGUGAUAUUAACCAGGAAUUGUUCAGUAUCAUCAACACCGUCUUCACAGAAAUUUAGAGCUGAGAAUCAGAAACAGAGUAAAGCAUUACAAGCUGCAGUUGUGAGGGCAUUUUCAAUGAGAAGAUCUGCUUCAGUUUCUGAAGGGUAUUCAAGAAUUCAUGACCAGUCUGAUGAUCCAUUUGGUUCACCUACUAAUAACAAUGAUGAUAAUAAGAGUAUGCAGGGUGGUGGUGGUGGUGCAAGAUCUAAGAAUAAGAACAAGAAAGGUAGAAAGAUUUUAAGAGCAUGCAAAAGUUUUUUUGGAUUCUAA